AUGAUUGCAAAGGCGACGCCCGCGCUCAAGACGGUGCGCGGGUUCAACAACACCCCCGGGGCCUCUGGCGAUGAGGACUCUGAUCAUUGCGGCUGCCCCGCGGCCCCAAAGACCCCUAGCAGGCGGGCCCAGAAGGCGACCCACCUGUUGGACGACGUCGUCAGUGCUAACUGCAGCCCUAUGCUGAAGCCCGUUACCUCCCCUGGCAUAAGCGGCAUAGGAAAGUUGCGUAUGCAAAUCGAGAACUUCAGCCUCAACAGCAACGACACGACCGCCGCUUCUUCCCGUGCCAGCUCCUUGACCCGCAGCAGCGAGCACCAGGCCUCCUCGCCGUUCUCCAGCGAGACUACGAUCAGCAGCGGCCGCCGUGACAGCCGCCCCCUUUCCCGUGGAAGCACUUUGAAGAGCCGCACCAGCAGUAGCGAUGAGACGGCUUCGGUGGGAUCUACCAGUUACGAGAUCAACCUCGAGCACGACUUUGUCAGCGAUGUCCCCAACGCUGCUAGCGAGGCUGUGCCUCCCCGUCCUAAGAUGACGGCGGACGACUUUGAACCUCUCAAGUGUCUCGGGAAGGGAACCUAUGGAACCGUCUUGCUCGUCAAGGAGAAGGCCACAGGCCGCCUUUUCGCGCAGAAGCAGUUCAAAAAGGCCUCUCUCGUCGUGCACAAGAAGCUGGUGGAGCAAACCAAGACGGAGCGCCAGAUCCUCGAGAGCGUCAACCGUCACCCUUUUGUUGUCAAGCUGUACUACGCCUUCCAGGACCAGGAGAAACUGUACCUCAUCCUCGAGUACGGCCAGGGUGGCGAGCUGUUCACUCAUCUCAGUACGGAAAGGAUGUUCAGCGAAGAGACUGCCGCCUUUUACAUGGCCGAGAUGGUUCUCGCCUUGUCUCAUCUCCACCAGAACCUGGGCGUGGUUUACCGCGAUCUCAAGCCGGAGAACUGCCUCCUCGACUCUCAGGGCCACCUUUUGCUGACCGACUUUGGCCUUUCCAAAGUGGCAGUCGACUCGGACACGUGCAACUCGAUCCUGGGAACGGUCGAGUACAUGGCUCCGGAGGUGAUUCAAGGCAAGAAGUACGGCAAGGCGGUUGACUGGUGGUCUUUGGGCGCGCUUGGUUUCGAUCUCAUGACUGGGAACCCCCCCUUUCGCGGACCAAACAACAAGAAGAUUCAGGACAACAUCAUCAAGCAGAAGUUGGUGCUGCCUUACUUUUUGGGUCCGGACGCGAAGGAUCUCCUUACCAGAUUGCUGCGCAAGGAUCCCGCCAAGCGCCUGGGGAGCAACAUGCCGAAGGAUCUGGAGACGAUCAAGAAGCACAGGUUCUUCCGCAAGAUCAACUGGAAGGCGCUGCAGGCGAGGGAGGUGGAGCCGCCGAUUCAGCCGUAUAUUUCUGACCCGGAGCUGGCGGAGAAUUUCUCGGCCGAGUUUACCGAGCUGAGCUUGAGUCCGGUUGUGUCGAGGUUUGAUCAGGCGGGAAGUUGGGGCGGGAGGGAGAUGGGGAGUGUGCCGGGAGUGGGCAGGAGGGAGGCUGUUGAUAGGGAUGAUCCUUUUGGGGGUUUUAGUUUUGUGGCUUCGAGCAGCUUGUUGGAGAGUCAUGGGUUUGGGGGGAUGCAGAGGAUUUAG